AUGUUGCUCAAGCCCCUCGCCUUCGCGGCCACGGCUGCUGCCUUCGUCAUUGUCCCCGAGAUCUCCGAGGCCGACCGCGACAUCCUCAACGGCAUCGUUACGGCGCUCCCCGUCGAGUCCGAGUCGUUUGGGCUGGCCGACAGCCUCCAGGCCCAGAGCGUCAGCGUCCCCUGCCCGCAAUGCAAGGGCCGCGAUAGCCAUCUGCAGCUCGACUUUGCCGUCGAGGAGGGCGCCAAGCUGAAGCUCAACGGCUUUGAGCUCUACCCCAACGCCGAUCCUUGGGGCGGCGACCUCACGGCCACCCUCGUCAAGGAGAAUGGGCAGGAAAAGGCAAAGAGGCUGGGGUAUAGCCUGGUCGUGGAGCCCGUGGCCAUGGACGCCUACCAGCAGAUGCAACUCAUCAGCGUCAAGCUCAGAGUCAUCGAAGUCGGCGGCCAGUUCGUCGAAGGCGUCCCCGCUGUCAAGGUCGAACUCAUCCGAGCCAUCACCGAGGACCUCGCCAUUUCGAGCGUCGACGUCGAGAAGGCGACCGACGUCAAGUGCAGCUCCGUGUGGUGCCGAGUCCAGGACCUGAGCCUGGAAUUCUCAAAGGCUUUCGAGUCAUUCAAGGGCUGCGUCGGCGGGCGGAAGCACAAGGGCCAACACAACCCCGGCUUCCACAAGGGCGAACCUCAGCAGGAGAGCGCGGACGCCGCUCCCACGCACGGCGACCGCCCCGGCCACGAUGGCGAGGAGCGUCACGGCCACCGUCACAACUGGCGUCUGCUUGUCAAGAACAUUGCCUCGCACAUCUUCCUGCCCGUCCUCAUGGGCAUCACGGCUGGUGUCGGUGUCGCAGUCCUCGCCAUGGUCCUGUGCAGCGUCGCCAUUCGCCUCACCAGGCUCGUCAGGAACAAGCGCACCAAGAAGGCCGGCGGGUGCCGCAAGAAGCACUCGUCGCGCCAGCAGGCGGCCGACGUCGAGAAGGUCGGUCUCAUCGAGGAAGUGGAUGCCGAGGACGUGCCACCCGAGUACAAAGACGACGAGUCGAAGAACUAG